AUGCCUCUCAGAUCGGAAGCGUCCUCUUCGAGGGACACCCUCGAUACUACUAGAACCACGGACGAACGACGUCGGACCGGAAGGUACGUCGCCGGUGGGGCCGUGCUGGCAAUCAUGCUGCUCGCCGUGCAUCAUGCACUCCUGCGGGACGCGUCCACCAUAACUGGUGUCUGCAUACCGGCCAUAAUAAUGGUGUCCUACAUUAUCUGGAUCUUGUAUUCCGCCCACCGGGAUAGACGAAAGGCGCUGAGAUUCGCCACAGCGAUGCAGCUGACAGAAGUAAUCAGCGUGCCAGACAAGCCCAGAGAGGUGAUCUGCAGGAACGGGAAGAGCAAGGACGAGCUACGGAAGUCGGCCGACUCGAAGCUAGACUACGCUGCGCGACAAUCCCGCGAGAACCCGGCGUUCUCCUCCAAGGACGAGGCUUCGUGAGAGCAACGUGGAACUCGCCUGGCACGCGUUCUCGUACUCCGACUUUCGCCUGUGUUUAUCGCGAAUCGAAGGACUCUCGAGAAACACUCACCUGCGUCCUCGUCGUCUCGCGGAUGCUCGUUACGUUCCGACGCUUCAACGGCGAUAAAU